GCAGGGCGGGUUGCCUUUUGGAUAGAUUUGACGUGCGCGGAUAGUUUUGCUUGAGAGACCGGUGUCGCCACCGCGGAUGGCGAGGGACCUGAUCGGGCCGGCGCUGCCGCCUGGCUUCAAGGCCCACGGGACAGCGGACGACGAGGAGCGGGACCCGAGCCCCGCUGCAGGACCAGCUCUGCCCCCUAAUUAUAAAAGCAGUAGCUCAUAUUCAUCAGACAGUGAUGAGGACAGUAGUUCUUUGUCCGAAGAAGGAAAUCAAGAAUCUGAAGAUGACAGUGGACCAACUGCAAUAAAACAGAGGAAAAGCCAGGAUGACGAUGAUGAUGGAUUUUUUGGACCAGCCCUUCCUCCUGGAUUUAAAAAGCCAGAUGAUUCUCCUCCCAGGCCUAUAAUAGGUCCUGCAUUGCCACCUGGUUUCAUUAAAUCUACCCAGAAAAAUGACAAAAGCAGAGAUGACCCAGGACAAGUAUCAUCAUAUUUCAACUCUAAGGAAGCAGAUAGCAGUGACGAUGAGGAUACUGUUGGACCAAUGCCUGCUAAGGGGCCAGUCAACUGUAGUGUAGCAGCAGAGUUUGAAAGAAGGGCCCAGAGAAUGAAAGAAAAAUUAACCAAAGGAGAUGAUGACUCAUCUAAGCCAGUUACAAGAGAGUCAUGGAUGACUGAGCUUCCUCCAGAAAUGAAAGAUUUUGGUCUUGGGCCAAGGACUUUUAAGAGAAGAGCUGAUGACAAAUCCGGAGAUCGAUCAAUCUGGACCGAUACUCCAGCUGACAGGGAAAGGAAAGCUAAGGGAGAAACCAAUCUCUAUGAGGCAACCUUUCCUGGGAUCAUACCAGAGCACGAAACACAAGAAGCAAGGAAGUCAUUGACUAAGAAGGAUGAAGAAUAUAUAUUGUCAGGAAGAGAUAAGAGAUUGGCUGAGCAAGUAUCCUCAUACAAUGAAUCAAAAAGAUCAGAAUCUCUUAUGGACAUUCAUCAUAAAAAAUUAAAGAAUAAGGCUGCUGAAGAUAAAAAUAAGCCUCAAGAGAGAAUACCAUUUGAUCGUGAUAAGGAUCUCAAGGUUAAUCGAUUUGAUGAAGCUCAGAAAAAUGCCCUAAUAAAGAAAUCUAGAGAACUAAACACCAGGUUUUCCCAUGGCAAAGGCAAUAUGUUUUUAUAAGAGUCUGAACGUAUCAGGCCAUAAAGAGAGAGUCCUUCGUUUCUCAGAUCAUUUCCAUAUAGUAAGUACUGCUUGAGGAACUGGUAUGUGUGUCCAUUCAUUCAGUAAACAUGUAUUAAGUGCUUCUGCAUGUACUAGGUGCCAAGAAAACAGUGAACCAAAUAGGCAUGGACCUUGAGAGGAGAUUCUGCUGGUCACUACAGGUAAGGAAAGCAGACUCUGGGACACAUGGUUUUAUAUUCUAAGAGAGAGCAAAGAAAGAUCUGAGGAGAAAAGAUCAAGUAAGUGUAAAUUGUGCUAGAUGUUAGGAAGAAAACAGGUAGUGAGAAGCUGGAAUACAUAGUUGAGGGUAGGAAUCCUGUUUAGGUGGGAGUGAUAGGAAAAGGCUCUGAAGGUGUGACAUUUAAGCUAAAAAUUAAAGCAUGGAAAAUGACCUAGCCAUGUGAACAGAGAGCACAAUUGCAAAGGCCCUAAAGCAUUAAUCCUGUGGUGUUUAAGAACUGCACCAGUGUUUGCAGCAUACAGUGGCUCAGGAUUAGGCCUUGCUAUUGAUACUGAGCCACCCAUAUAAGGAAAUCAAGCCCAACCCUGGAAGGUCAACAGAAGCCUCCCAGUGAGAACACUUUUUAACCAAGUUAUAAACAUCCCAGAGGAGCUGACUAGAAGGCGCUGAUAACCAAUAGUUUACCCUACUGGCCUCCCAGAAUUUCCCAAAUACAUCUAAAUUCGUACCUUAUGCCUUGCCCCAAAGACUUCCUGUAUCAAACUCCACUAAUAACUGUCCCCAGUUAUCAGAAGAUUUUUACAUUGAAGUGACAUUGAGCCUACAUUUUAUCACCAAAACUGCAAAUUAAGAAUACUGGUUUUUCAGAAAUUAU